GGGGAGGAGAGACGGCGGGAGGAGGAGGUGGCGAGCUGGCCAUGGCAGCAGCCCGCGGGCGGAGAGGCAGCAGCCGCGGGCUGCCGCUGUGAGCGGCACCCGGAGCAGGAGGAGGAGGAAGGCGCGGAGCAGCCGCGGGGCCGCCAUCCCGCGGCGGUGCCCGGAGGAGGAUGCCGGGGAAGCGGGGCUCGGCGGGCGGCGGAGAGCUGCCGGGGGCCGGCGCGGCGCGACAGCGGAGGCGGCGGAGGAAGGUGUCCUGCUUCUCCAGCAUCCAGCUCUUCCUGGUGUCCGAGUGCGCGCUGAUGCUGGCCCAGGGCACCGUGGGAGCCUACCUGGUGAGUGUUUUAACCACCUUGGAGCGGCGAUUCAACCUCCAGAGUGCAGACGUGGGUGUCAUUGCCAGCAGCUUUGAGAUCGGCAACCUGGCCCUCAUCCUUUUUGUGAGCUACUUUGGAGCACGAGGACACAGACCACGCUUGAUAGGAUGUGGAGGGAUUGUCAUGGCCUUGGGUGCCCUCCUUUCCGCGUUGCCUGAAUUUCUGACCCACCAGUACGAAUACGAAUCAGGGGAAAUACGCUGGGGAGCUGAAGGGAGGGAUGUGUGUGCUGCCAAUGGGUCCACCAGUGAUGAGGGACCAGACCCGGACCUUAUCUGCAGGAAUCGGACUGCCACCAACAUGAUGUACUUGCUGCUCAUUGGAGCACAGGUCCUCCUGGGCAUUGGUGCUACCCCUGUCCAGCCCCUGGGAGUUUCCUACAUUGAUGACCACGUGAGGCGGAAAGAUUCCUCUCUGUACAUAGGGAUCCUGUUUACGAUGCUGGUAUUUGGACCAGCCUGUGGAUUUAUCUUGGGCUCCUUCUGUACCAAAAUCUACGUGGAUGCUGUCUUCAUUGACACAAGUAAGCUGGACAUCACCCCAGACGACCCUCGCUGGAUCGGUGCAUGGUGGGGAGGCUUCCUCCUCUGUGGUGCCUUACUCUUCUUCUCGUCCCUGCCCAUGUUUGGCUUCCCGCAGUCCUUGCCCCCAAGGCCGGAGCACGCUGGGGAGAGCGAGCAGGCCAUGCUUCCCGACAGGGACUACGAGAGGCCCAAGCCGAGCAACGGGGUCCUGCGGCACGCACUGGAUGCAGAGAGCAGCACAACCUGCUUCCAGCAGCUACGAGUGAUCCCCAAAGUAACAAAGCACUUGCUCUCCAAUCCUGUCUUCACCUGCAUCAUCCUGGCAGCCUGCAUGGAGAUCGCAGUGGUGGCAGGCUUUGCUGCCUUCCUGGGGAAGUACCUGGAGCAGCAGUUCAACCUCACCACCUCAUCUGCCAACCAGCUGCUGGGGAUGACAGCAAUCCCAUGUGCAUGUCUGGGCAUAUUCCUGGGCGGCCUUUUGGUGAAGAAGCUUAGCCUUUCUGCUCUGGGAGCCAUCAGGAUGGCCAUGCUGGUGAACCUGGUGUCCACAGCUUGCUACGUGUCGUUCCUGUUCCUGGGAUGUGACACAGGACCUGUGGCAGGGGUUACUGUUCCCUAUGGAAACAACUCAACUCCAACCUCAUCUCUGGACCCAUAUUCCCCCUGCAAUAACAACUGUGAAUGCCAAACUGAUUCCUUCACUCCAGUCUGUGGGGCAGAUGGGGUCACCUACCUGUCUGCCUGCUUUGCUGGCUGCAGCAGCACGAACCUCAGCGGCUGUUCCUGCCUCAGCUCGGUCCCUGCCGAAAAUGCCACCGUCGUUCCUGGAAAAUGCCCCAGUCCUGGCUGUGAAGAGGCCUUCUUGACAUUCCUCUGCGUGAUGUGUGUCUGCAGCAUGAUCGGGGCCAUGGCGCAGACGCCGUCGGUCAUCAUCCUCAUCAGAACCGUGAGCCCCGAACUCAAGUCUUAUGCUCUGGGGGUGCUUUUCCUGCUUCUCCGUUUGCUGGGUUUUAUUCCACCUCCGUUGAUCUUUGGGGCUGGAAUUGACUCCACGUGUCUGUUCUGGAGCACGUUCUGCGGCGAGCAAGGAGCCUGCGCGCUGUACGACAACGUGGUCUACAGAUACCUGUACGUUAGCAUUGCUAUAGCCCUCAAGUCUUUUGCAUUCAUCCUAUAUACAACCACCUGGCAGUGCUUGAGGAAAAACUAUAAAAGAUACAUCAAGAACCACGAAGGUGGUCUCAGCACUAGUGAGUUUUUUGCCUCUACUCUCACCUUAGACAAUCUGGGGCGGGACUCAGUGCCCCAAAACCAACCACAUAGGACAAAAUUUAUCUAUAACCUUGAAGAUCAUGAGUGGUGUGAAAAUAUGGAGUCUGUUUUAUAGUGACUGUGGAGGGAUGGACUAUAUUAAUAAUCUGAGGGUCCUUUUUAAUAAUAACGAGAAGAGAGAAUGAAGAAAACAAAAUUAAAAAAAACAACAAUGGCAACACAGGAAACUUUUGUCUUUUUCUCAAAGUCAAACCCAGCCGGGAUUCUCGAGAACGACGUCUUACAAUGGGCUCACUUGUGAUAUCCUGCGGGGUGAUGGGGAAAGCAGGGAGCUACCAGCCCCUUUGGUGACAGUAUGGGCUUCCAAAACGGGAAUCGCCAAAGGGCAUCCGCAGAGGUUCGUUGGAGAGCUCGGCCAAUAAAGAGCCUUGGGCAUGAGGUGCAGAGGAAGCAAGGUGAUGAUGGCAGUGCUGGAAGAGGCGAUUGCGGCCCCAGGGGCCAUGUGUUCCCAUAGAACGGGCUGAAGGGUCCGCCCUUCACACCUGGGUGCUGCUCAAACCCGACGUGCUCUGUGAUGUUGCUCUGACACCAGCCACGAGUCCACGAUGAACACCUUGAAAGCUGCUGGAAAGCUUCCAGGUAGCGAGCAGUGCUGUCCCAGCACCCGAGUCCUUCCAGCCGAGGCGUGUUCGCAGAUCGCAGCUUUUGGGUUGUCGCUGAAUAGCUGUGCUCGGAUCUUUCAAACCCAGUAAAGUUGGAGAUGUUUGCUCACA